AUGACUCCGCCUGCUGCUCAGGAGGGACUGCAGAAGAACACAGAGGCCGGGAAGCUAACUCUGGCCCUACACCUACACAAACUGCAUGUUCUCCUCCCACUACAGGCUAACUCUGGCCCUACACCUACACAAACUGCAUGUUCUCCUCCCGCUGCAGCAUCACCCCAACCCUACAUCUACACAAACUGCAUGUUCUCCUCCCGCUACAGCAUCACCCCAACCCUACACCUACACAAACUGCAUGUUCUCCUCCCGCUACAGCAUCACCCCAACCCUACACCUACACAAACUGCAUGUUCUCCUCCCGCUACAGGCUAA